UCGGUCUUCCCUCCGUGUUUUUCCCCGCACGCGGCUCAAGGUGGUUGUGGUUUCAGCGAUGAGCUCCCAGAAGGGGAACGUGGCUCGUUCCAGGCCUCAGAAGCACCAGAAUACGUUUAGCUUCAAAAAUGACAAAUUUGAUAAGAGUGUUCAGACCAAGAAAAUUAAUGCAAAACUUCAUGAUGGAGUAUGUCAGCACUGUAAAGAAGUUCUUGAAUGGCGUGUAAAAUACAGCAAAUACAAACCAUUAUCAAAACCUAAAAAAUGUGUUAAAUGUUUACAGAAGACAGUGAAGGAUUCUUAUCACAUCAUGUGUAGACCAUGUGCCUGUGAACUUGAAGUUUGCGCAAAAUGUGGAAAGAAAGAAGAUAUUGUUAUUCCGUUUAAUAAAGAAACAGAAAAAACAGAAAAUAUUGAAAAUAAUCUGAGAUCCAAUUAUAGAAGAAGCUGCAGAGGAAAUGAAGAAGAAAGCGAUAAUGAUUUCGAUUUUGAUAUUGAUUUAGAUGACACAGAAGAUGACAAUCGAGUGGAAUAAUAUAACUAUAUUAAAAGUCAGUUUGAGAAUGCGAAAUUCUGACCAGCUUUUGACUUUGAGGAUUUCACAAAAAAAUACUGUGAAACCCUAAUGAGGAAAUCAGAAAAAGCUAUAGGCAAAAUUUAUACAUGAACAAUAUAAGUUAUGUAUGAAAUAUGAAUAAUUAUAAAACUUUCAUCUAGAGUUUUCUUGUAUCAAAUUUUUAAGUUACAUAUACUCAAAUAUCUGCCAAAAUGAGUAUUUGGGUAUCAUACUGCAGUUUUUGGGUUGUUUUUAUGGUUUUAUUGGCUGCUAACUUGCAGGGAUUGAACCUUGGUCCUUGGUGUUACCAACUGAACUAACUGGACAGCCCUGUGGGAAUUAUUUAUAAGAAUGUUUUACCUAAUACCAAACUAAACAAGAUUCAGAAUUGAUGGAUAAUAAGAAUUAUCUGAUGUAAAAAUAAGAUGACAUUUUAUAUUGCUAGCCUCAAAAACUGGUCCUUGGUAAGUACCUUUUGCCAGAUUGAUCUCAAGUAAAUGACCCACAUAGCAAAAGCCCUCUUACUUAACAUUUGCUUGUUACAAAGCCAAACAGUUUUUAAAAAAUAAUUAACAAGUGUAUAGUGAGUUUGUUGAAAGUAUUUUUAUAUAUCUCAUCACAUUAUUUUUUACCUUUUUUGUCUUGUGAAAUAUACAUACAGAAAUAAAAGCAUAGAAUUUAUAUGUAUAAUUUGAUAAAUAAUUAUAAAGGAAAGUUUAUGCAUUUACAUUCAGGCGAAGAAACUGCCAGCACCAGAAGCCCCACCAUGCUCUCCCUCAUCACAGGUUCAUCUUUCCUCCCAGUGUGGGCAUUAUCCUGUCUUGAUAAUUAUUUUCUUUAUCAUUUUACUAAUGUUUGUACUCCUAAACAAUAUAAAUUAGAUUAGUCUGAUUUGGGCUGGCCAGUUAGCUCAGUUGGUUACAGUGCAUUGUUAUAACACCAAGGUCAAGGGUUUGGAUCCCCAUACCACCACCAAAAAAAAGAUUAGUCUGAUUUUUGAACACUUUUCUGUCUUUUUAUUUUGAAAAAUCUGAGACCUACAGAAAAGUAGCAAAACAGUUCAGUGAACCUUUGCAUACUCUUUACCUACAUUCCCAAUUGUUAACAUUUUACCAUUAUUUUUUUUAUGUCUCGGUAGAUGGAUAUGUAGUACAUAUAUAUUUUAUUUGCUAAACCAUUUGAACAUAAGUGGCAGACAUUGGUUUUGAACUUUACUAUGCAGUUUAUUUUGUAUCUUUUUUUCCAUUGUUAUUAAAUUUGUGGGAUUGAUCCUUACUUCAGGAGCUAUAAUUUGUUCAUUUUACAAUACUGUGUAUUAUUCUGUGUAUUUACAUACUACGGUUUGUUUAUAUUUUCUAAUGUUGAGAGACGUUUGUUGUCUCAGUUUUUCUUAUUACAAACAAUACUGGUAUAAGCAUUGUUAUAUGUGUCUCAUGGUGCAUGUGUGUGCAUUUCUGUAAGGUACAUAUCUAGUAGUGGUUAAAGGGAAUCAGGUAUAUGCAUCUUUAGUUUUACUAUUGCAGGGAAAAAACAGUUCAGUUUCUCCCACAUCUAACAACAUGCUUCUGGUACCAGAUGUGUGGGUUCCCCCAGCCCCAUACCAAGCAAGCAAUCAACUCUGCAGUGAAGACCAACUAGGUGUCCUCCAGUUCAAUUCCAACACUAUCUACCUGGAAAUAGCAUUAUAUCCCACAGGUUGAGGGCUUUGUCCCCGAGACUUCCCCCUACUUCACAUGCCAGUCACAAGCUCCAUGUUGUUUUACCUGUGCUUCUGACCUACUGGCUAUAAAUUGGUGUUCCUACAGCCUCUCCUUGGUUUCAUUUAAUUUCCUAAAGCAGCUCACAGAACUCAGGGAAAACACUUUCUAGUUUUUUAUAAAGGAUAUUACAAGGGACACAGAUGAAGAGACGUGGUGAGGUAUGGGGAAGGGUUGUGAAGCUUUGAUGCCCUCAGUGGAACCUCAAUGUGUUCAGCUAUGCGGAAGCUCUUCAAACCCCAUGCACUUGGGUUUUUAUGGAGGCUUCAUUAUGUAGACAUGUUUGAAGCAUGGACAACUUUGUAGAAAUGUGAUUGGACAAAAAGAGUAUGAUCUAAUAGUAAUAGACUGGGUGGGGAAACCCAGCAAGGUCUGUUUUUGUUUGUUUGUGGGUUUUUUUUUUUUUUUUUUCCUUUGGUGUUAUAAACCCAGGCUCUAACCAACUGGGCUAACUGGCCAGACUGGCCUAUUUGUUUAGAUUCUUCUUGGCCUCACUGUGCAGCAUUCUUUCCUCCCAAGUAUGGGGCAGGACCCAUCCUGAAAUAGGGGUCUUAUCACCUACAAUCAGACAAAGUAGGGCAGAGAAUUUCUUUAUGGUCAGCUCCAAGACAGAAAGGUGGUGGAAGAUUAGUCCUGCCUUAGAGAACCAUGAACGAUGGACGAAAACCUGUAUAUAUAUCAUAAUGUCACUGUUUGUAUAUUAUAAUAUAUAUAUCAUAAUGUCACAACUAUAUAAUAAGAAACUAUUUCCAGAGGGAUUAUUAUCCCCCUUUCCCUCAGCAAUGUAUUAGAGUUUCAGUGCUCUGCAUCCUUUCUAACACUUGGUAUCAGACUUUUUAAAAUUUCUGCCAAUUUAAUAUGUGU